ACUUGAAUGGGGACUUUGGAGAUAGACUCGAGAGUCAAGGAGCUUCGAAAAACCGGUCGGGUCUCAAGUGUGCACAGCCCCUUCUCUCUCCCAACUCGCCCUGGCCUCUGGAGAGCCACACGCCAACAAAUUCUGUAAAGCACCAACACACCCUGAGAUGGUUGCCAUGGCAAGAAUCUGCCCCCCAGGAGGGAACUGAGAUCGCCUCCUGCCCCCCGCUGUCUGAUCCUUGGCUAUUUGGCAUUGCCCCCCCCCAAACACCGUGUGAUGGAAUACUUUGACUUUGUGAGCAUCUGGGAUCCGAGUGGAUCAGCGUCCGACUGGGCCGUCCCUGAGGGGGCAGCGGGCACUGAAGAUCCAACCACCUCUGACCCCCAGCUCCCCAGCCCGUGCCAACGUUUGGGGGAGUGGAUGCUUGGUGCUGAGCCCCAUUCCGAGUCCAGCCUGUUCCCGGCCCCGGAGAUUCCCGAUGGGGGUAGAGCGGUGAGCCCAGGAGACCCGGUCGACCCAGGAAGCCCGGGGGUCGGUGAAGGAUCAGGUGGCUGGGGCUCGGAGCGCGAGGGGUCCGUUGGAUCAGGCAGUGCCAGUCCCUCAGUGAGUGAGGGGUCCCCCCCGUGGAUGACGGCGGUGCUGCUCCCCCGGGGGCCCGAGGAACCAGAGCCAGAGCCAGGACCCAGCGACAGCCCUUUGGCAUCCUCCCUCGGUGAUGGGGAGCCGGGGAGCAAUGCCAGUCCUGAUGAGGUGGUGGUGGAUCCUGCAGAGGUCACCUUCCUGCAGAGCGACGUCUGGCACCAGAACCGGGCCUUCGUGCCCAUCAGCACCGUGCCAGGCAGCGUAGGGUCAGCAGUGGAGGAGGAGGAGGACAAAGAGAGCCCCCACCGCCCGGCUGUGCCCAUGGACUACGAGCCCGUGGAAGCUGGAGCGGGCACCACCACAACUUUGGCUUCCUACGUCGUCACGAUGCACAAAGAGGUGGUUGUCUGGAACAACGAGCCCACACACCCUGAGGUUCCCCUCUGUUUCCCCUUUGGAGGCCAGCUGACCUCCAGUGAGCUGCAGAGGCCUAGCGGAAGUGAGGAGCCUUUGGCCUCUGGUAGUCAAGAAGCAGGUGCUUAUGCCACACUGGUGUCUGAGGUGACAUCACCGUCUGACACCCGGGACCCUUUGGUGAGCGAAAUCCUCGGGAAUCGGCCUACACAACACGCCUCCCUCGAGCCUCGAGAUUCGAUCCAGGGCUGGGAUUCAGAGUGCGUGAGAUCUGACCCCAUUACUGCUGACGGGAAGGACUGGACCACAGGCGGGGACCCAGGCCUGACUCCGAACUCUAUGGAUCCGGUGGUGGGCAUGACAGCAGGGAGUGGGGAAGGAGCCGCCUUGGACGACGAGGAGGAAGACCAGGAAUCGGAUGGAUCGGGCCGAGAGGAAGCGGAAGAGGAUGGAAAGGAAGAAACCGGAGGAAUCCUCGCUGAAAAGUAAGGAAUCUCUGGGCCGGACAGCGCUUGGAGAAACUCUUCGGGAAGAGAGAGAGAGAAACUGAGUUCAUAUUUGGAGUCCAAUUUCAUUCAA